AAUCAUGCAGAUUUUCGUGAAAACGCUCACCGGCAAGACCAUCACACUUGAGGUCGAGCCAUCGGACACGAUCGAAAAUGUGAAGGCCAAGAUUCAGGACAAGGAAGGAAUCCCCCCGGAUCAGCAGCGUCUUAUCUUUGCCGGUAAGCAGCUGGAGGAUGGCCGCACUCUGUCGGACUACAACAUUCAGAAGGAAUCUACCCUUCAUCUGGUGCUGCGACUUCGUGGUGGUAUCAUCGAACCAUCGCUGCGUAUUUUGGCCCAGAAGUACAACUGUGACAAAAUGAUCUGUCGCAAGUGCUAUGCCCGUCUGCAUCCGAGAGCAACAAACUGCCGUAAGAAGAAGUGUGGCCACACCAACAAUCUGCGCCCGAAGAAGAAGCUGAAGUAA